GAACGCCCGGGGGAUGAUGACGAAAGACGGGGAGAAACUCCGAGGAGCGGAAGAGAGAAGCACCAAGGCGAUCUGAGAGUAGCGGGAAAAAGAGCGAGAUUGGACGUUGCGGGCAGAGACGAGCGGAGCAGGACGCAGCAAGGUGAAACGGAGUGAUCGCACGUGAAAAAGGGAAUGCGAGCAAGAGGGACGGAGGACCCGCGAAAACGAGAGGGUCCAAGUGAGGCGGAAGGAGAUAGCGAGCCGCACAUUGGCAGGUGGGAGCGAGGGGGAUGAUUUCCGACGCGAGACUACGCGAAAUGGAAAGAGAGAAUGCACUCAUGACGAGAGGGGAGUGAGAGAGGGGAGUGAGAGAGAGAGAAAGAGAGGGUCUGUAGGAGAAAAUCGACAGUGGAUCCGCGUUAGCUGCGAGGGAUGAAAGGCAGCGGCCUUCGCGAGGUUCGUGGCACACGGGAAUACCUCGCGUCUUCGUUUCUGGCCGUCGACGACGAGGACGACGACGACGACGACGACAAGGAGAACGUGGAGGUGAUGCCGCGCGACGAUCAAUGACGCGCUCGUGACAGCGCAUUUGAGUGAUUCGCCUUUUUGAUUCAAGCGGCGCCGGACCCUGAUAACGGACCCGAACCGUGCGAACGCUGACAGUGAGGCCCUGUGGAUGUUGAUUCUCGUAGGCGACGAAACGACGACGUUCGAGAAAUCGUGAUCCCACGCCGCGAUCAAUGUCAAACUGCGAAGAUGGACUAAAGUGCACGCGAGUGAAAACUCUGAUCAACGACACGAUAACCAGGCUAAAUAUACCUGUCAUCUCUGUCGAAUCGACGAUGAGAGCAUCAGGCGCAUUGUGAUCUUUCGUCGAAUGCAGCAGGACGACGGUGGCGGCAGCGAGCCGGUUACGGAGAUGCCGAGGGGAUGCGAGGGCAUGUUCGCGAGAUGACGUUCUCCACCACGCUCGUCGUUCACUGACGCAAUUCCGCUCGGAUAACGAAGACGAUUGGCAGGAUGCUGCCGUGCAGGCUGCCGCUGAUCGUCCUUCUCAUCGUGCAGCUGCAUCAUCGUGUCAUCUGGGCUUUCCUAGAGAACACCGGGAUGUCCGAUAGACUGGAAAAUGUUACGCAGACUAUUUCGAAGAUACUUGACGGCUACGACAUCCGAUUAAGGCCGAACUUUGGCGGUGACCCAUUAUUAGUCGGGAUGGAUCUUACCAUCGCGAGUUUUGAUGCGAUCUCGGAAGUCAACAUGGAUUACACGAUUACGAUGUAUUUAAAUCAAUAUUGGAAAGACGAGAGACUCGCCUUCUCGCACGAGGACGAAGUUUUGACGUUAAGUGGCGACUUUGCGGAAAAGAUCUGGGUUCCGGAUACGUUUUUCGCAAACGAUAAAAACAGCUUUCUGCACGACGUCACCGAGCGCAACAAGCUUGUCAGAUUGUCAGGCGACGGCUCGGUCACAUACGGCAUGAGAUUCACGACGACCCUGGCUUGCAUGAUGGAUUUGCAUUACUAUCCCCUCGACUCGCAGAAUUGCACUGUAGAAAUCGAGAGCUACGGAUACACGGUGCUCGACGUAGUAAUGUACUGGAAGGAAACUCCCGUUCGCGGGGUCGAGGAAGCAGAAUUGCCGCAAUUUACGAUAAUCGGCUACGAGACCAACGAUCGAAAGGAGAAGCUGGCAACGGGUAUCUACCAGAGGCUGUCGUUGAGUUUUAAGCUCCAGAGGAACAUCGGUUACUUCGUUUUUCAGACAUAUCUGCCGAGUAUACUGAUUGUGAUGCUCAGCUGGGUCAGCUUCUGGAUCAAUCACGAGGCUACCAGCGCGAGGGUAGCUCUCGGUAUCACAACCGUGCUGACGAUGACAACGAUAUCGACGGGUGUCAGAAGCUCACUGCCACGAAUCAGUUACGUGAAAGCUAUCGACAUUUAUCUGGUAAUGUGCUUCGUUUUCGUGUUCGCGGCGUUGCUGGAAUACGCGGCGGUCAAUUACACGUAUUGGGGUGCCAGGGCGAAGAAGAAGACGAAGAAGAAAGAGACCGACGAAAAGAAAGUGCUCUCUUCUAAGAGCGGUAGUAAAAGCAGUUCGCCUUUUCCCGGCUCCACCGACGCGGAUAUCAUAGAGCUUCAGGAUCUCAGAAUGUCGCCUCUGCCGAGCAUUAGAAAUAGGUCAGGCCUACUCAGCGCUUCAUCGACGCCGGGAACCGGAAGGGAUCAUGACCCAGCCAAGUUUCCGCCGAGCUUUCGCAUCUCCAGAACCGCUGCUUACAACACGCACGCUCGAAACAGCGGUCUCAGGUACAGAGGCCCGAGACCGCACAAGCCAAAGGUAUUGCACGCUCUACGUAGAGGGGCUUCCGUGUUACGCGUAUCGAUGCCGAAGAUCAAGGACGUGAACGUCAUAGACAAAUACUCGCGCAUCGUCUUCCCAGUUAGCUUCAUGCUAUUUAACGCCGUGUACUGGAUCUUCUAUUUUCUUUGAGCGGCGAGCACGUGUCAAGCAAACUCUCCACCCCGCCUUGUCUGCGCCUAAAGGACCAAUCGAUCCGGGGGAGGAUCCUCUCCAUGUCUCACGAGCGCGUCUCGUCGAACGGUGUUCUUCGUGCGGAUAGAAGUCCACCGGGUACCAGCAGGUGAUGAAAGUACUGAAUCGAAAGUACUGCCACGAAAUAUUCAUUCAUAGAAAUAAAAAAAAAACUCGCGCGAGACACUGUGUGUGUGCUAACAGCGUUUACGUGAUUUUCGUUAACUUCAGAUUCUCGGCAAUUUAGAAAGUAUAUAAUGUAGCGAUAAGUGACGUACGAGCGACAAUAUGUUCCUAAUGAAGCUCCAUAAUAGCUUUCUUUCGCGUGCACACGCGAGGAAGCGUGCGCUGAGCAUUAAAAUUUAAGAGGAACGUAAGUUCACAGUUUAACGUGAUGAUUUAUAAUUUUCCGGAUAAGUGUGUGACUGUAAAAAUAGUAAUCAGAUAUAUAUAUAUAUAAUCGUCGAAACGAUUUCGUUUACCGCGAGCAGAUAUUCGGAUAUACGACAGGGAUUUACUUCCAUUAUUUUAGUAACAAAGUAUCACAUAAGCAAUUCUGAAAGAAAAGAAAUUUUUUUGUUGAAAGAUGGGAUUUAUAUUAGACGGGAAUGUGUAUACACAAAAGAGAAUGUUAUCUUGUACGUGGUAACGAUCGGCCAAGAUACAUAUUAAUUUACAGCGUAAGACGUUACACUUGGGGAUUCAGUUGCAAAAUUAUAUUCCACCAUGAACGGAUCGAGUCGGUCCGAUUCCGCUGCAUUCCUUUAAGAAUCCAUUUUAAUGAGAAUUGCUUUUAUAGUAAUUAGAUGUAUGUACAUAUUCGAGCAGUUUAAUAAAAAAUAAGUGUACAAAU